AUGUCGAAUACCGACGAGAUACUCCCGCACAAAACUGACGACUUCCUCUCGUCAGUUAACAACGAAAAAUUAGAACGCGCGCUAAAAGAAUUAAAACUCGAUCCAUACGGACCGACAUCAGACAGACUCGCGAGACUCCGUAGGCGAUUACAGGGCGAAUACCACCUCAAAGAUUUCCAGGUAUUACUCGGAAAAGAGGAAGAAGCUAAAGCGAUACGCGACAAAGCGUUAGAAAAUUUUAUAGACAAAAUUAGGGAUCAAAAUCCGAACGACGCAGAAGCAGCGUGGAAUUUUAACGAACAAAACGUCACAAAGCGAGCGACCCAAAAUCUAUUAAAUCAAGACGACUCGUUAUUAAUCGUGAACACAAAAACGGGUACUAUAUCCAAAAGAGGCAUGAGUAAAUUCAUCCGAGUAACUUUAGAUACGGGAGAACAAAUCAAAAUACCGAGCGAAGUCGCGAAAUUCUGGAAAGCCUCGAACCCGGAAGAACAAGAAAACCCACUAAUACAAGAAUUAACCCAAAAUCAAACGACGCGCAUACCGAUAGGUAACAGCACGCCGCAUAAACAGCGCCUAGUAGAACCCGGUCAAGCCUAUGAAACCGGAAAACGCGUAAAUGAAAAAUCAGCUAACGCCACAUCGCCAAAAUCGAAUGUAGAUAAAACGUGUCACAAUGGCAUCACGGCCAACACACAGAAAAAGCCCGAAACUAAUAUAAACACAGUAGAGGUACCGACGAUGGACGAAGUAACGAAAUUUUUAAGCAGAGAAUUAACGAAAUUUCGAGAAUCAAUCAAGGCGACAGUCACGAACCACAUAAAUCCGAAAUCGUCUCAAAAUUCGAACGGACACAACAACAAUCCGAACCAACAAGGCGGCAGCCAAGAUAAUAAUCCAAACAAUAAACGGUACAAUAACCGGUAUAGAGGACAAAAUAAUAACAAGCGUGGAUACUAUAACAACAACAAUAACAAUGGAGAUAGAAAUAACCCCGAAAAUGACAGCAACUGGCGAGAUCACCAGACAGAUAAUAACUCACAAAAUAAUAGAGGGGGUCCCAACAAUCAUGGUGGAUAUCAAAACGUCGGCAACAGAGGCGGUUUUAAUAAUAACUGA